CCUUUUCCCUCCCCCUGCAUCUCCCCCCCCCCCCCCCCCUGCGCCCAUGGUGCUGGUGGCCGAGCACGGGCGCCACCGCCGCCGCCUCUAAUGGCGCAGUACAGGCAGUCCGGUGUCUUCUUCGACUCACGGGGCGGGAGCAACUACCCGCUCCCGGACUACAACCGGCCCCACCACCCCUCCAAGCCCUCCUCCCGGAUCCGCCGGCCCGGGAAGCCCGCGUCGCGCCGCCGCCCGCGGGCCGCGGCGGCCGCGGUCGCCGCCGCGAUCCUCCUCCUCCUCCUCGCCGUCGUCUUCCUCCUCUCGCGCCGCAUCUCCCGCAACCCCCCAGAGAUCAAACAAGAUUUGGGCGGCGGGGAGGGGUUGCCGGAGUGGAACCAGAGCAAGGGCUGGAAGGAGCUCAAGUUCGGGUACGGCAGCGGCGGCCGGAGCGCGCAGGAUUCCAGGUACUGGGACCGGGACGAUCGGCGCCGCGACGAGGACUACUCGGAGGACGAGAAGGAGAAGAUCUCGGGUGGAAGUGGAAACGCCAGCAAUGCCGGCGGCGGUGGCGAGAAAGUUGUGGCGUCUGAAGUAGGUGUUGAGCAGAAAGGAUUGACCUUGGAGACCGGCAGUGGUGAGAAGGAUGUUCCGGAGGUGGCUGAAGGUGGGCAAGGAGGGACCUUGUACAAUGAGGGGGGGAGGAAGGAGCUGGAACAGUAUGAGGCGGCAGCCAUGGGGGCGGCGAGAACAGGGGUGAGGGAGGUUGACCCAGAUGAUGAGUAUGAUGAUGGCAUUGACACACAAGAUGAUUUAGAUGAUGCUCUGGUGCAUUCUUCUGAUGGUGGGAGGAAGCUUGGUGAUGGCGGUCAUGAAAGUGCUGAGAAGACGGAUGAAGUCACCUUGGAGACACACACAGAAGCAGGUAGAGGGAUCGUUGAUGGCCGUGAUACCAGUAGCAUGGACAAAAGGAAGGUUUCAGGGACUAGUAAUAAGAAACAUGGGUCCAAGAAAUCAAAGCGGAAGAAGACUGGUUCAACCUGUGAAAUGAAGUUCCUGAACUCCACUGCACAACUUGUAGAGCCAGCAAAAAAUGAGAAAUUCGCUAGUUUUAAUUUGGAGUAUGUACAAGUUGAAGAAAGACCUGUUGGAUCAGAAUAUUGGGAGCCAAGAUUUGCUGGCCAUCAGAAUCUACAGGAAAGAGAGGAGUCAUACAUUGCCCAUGACCAACAGUUAAAUUGUGCUUUUGUUAAGGGUCCUAAUGGUACAAGUACUGGUUUUGAUAUAUCAGAGGAUGAUCAAAAGUACAUGAGGAAAUGCCACAUUGCUGUUUCUUCUUGCAUCUUUGGAAACUCUGAUCGUCUUAGGGCUCCUUUCAGCAAAACAAUCACGAGUCUCUCAAAGAAGACAGUUUGCUUUGCUAUGUUUUUGGAUGAAGUGACAUUGCAAACUUUAGAAUCUGAAGGGCAAAAAAUGGACAACAUGGGUUUCAUUGGUAUAUGGAAGAUCAUAUUGAUUAAGAAUAUGCCUUAUAAUGACAUGAGGAGAGUGGGGAAAAUACCAAAAUUUUUGGCACAUCGGCUUUUCCCAUUGUCAAGGUUCUCAAUUUGGUUAGACAGCAAAUUGCGACUACAAACUGAUCCUAUCCUUAUCCUGGAGUAUUUUCUUUGGCGGCAUGGUUAUGAGUAUGCUAUUUCCAAUCACUAUGAUCGGCACUGUGUUUGGGAGGAAGUGGCACAAAACAAAAGGCUGAACAAGUUCAACCAUACAAUAAUUGAUCAGCAAUUUAAGUUUUAUCAAGCGGAUGGACUGACGAGGUUCAAUCCAUCGGAUCCCAACAAGCUGCUACCAAGUUAUGUCCCUGAAGGUUCUUUCAUCGUGAGGGAACACACACCAAUGUCCAACUUAUUCUCGUGCCAGUGGUUCAAUGAGGUUGAUCGCUUCACACCUCAUGACCAGCUCAGCUUUGCAUAUACAUACUUGAAACUUCGAAGAAUGAAUCCCGACAAGCCCUUUCGCCUCAAUAUGUUUAAGGAUUGUGAGAGGCGAUCAAUAGCAAAGCUGUUCCAUCAUCGAUCAGAAGAGAGACGCAGCGGUCCACAACUAACAAGAUGACAUAGAUUAUUUCAAGUGAUGGGGGCAGAAGAAAGUGUACUUUGAUACAGCUCAGCAAGCCACAGGACUAUCUAGUGCCAAGAUUUGUGCCCCUGUCGAAGAGUUUAUACUCAAUAUAUGAAGAUUUUACCCUUGUUACUUUCUGAUCAUGCAGGCCGGUUCCUGCCUUCCAAUUUUGCGCUUGACAAAGGCGGAUCAGGAGAUGUUAGCUGUUUUUUUUUCGUUCUCAUUGUUCUCCUUGAAGUUCUGUUUAUUCUUUUGGACAUAUGGUCCAUGGAUGAUCUAAGUCAUGGCUGGGCACAUUUCAUGGAUGAACUGGGGACUUCCCUGAUCGGCCGUGCACAUGCAUUGUCAUAAAACUGUAGAAGAAUUUUGCGGUGAGACUACGAUAUUCCUGUUAUUCUCAGUGGUCUCACUGAAAAUGUACUAUACAACAGGAAACUGCACUCUGUAAUUUUCUCAAGGAUUAGCAAAUUAGUGAUUUUUGGCACGAUUCUAUGCAAUAUAUAGAGUUCCUUUUAACCUUCACUAUGAAGAAA